AUAGGACACAUUGGGAAGGAUGCAGUGAUGCAUUUGGGCCGUGUUGCACAGGGUGUCACCAUCGAUUCACCAGCUCUGCUAUCCCACUGUGAGUCAUGUAUAAUGGCCAAACACCCUCAUCAGCCCUUCCGGUCCUCUGAAACAGAACGUGCGAACGCCUUCCUCGACCUCAUACACGCUGAUGUGUGCGGGCCACUUCCCACUGUCACUCCCCAUGGGAAAUACUAUUUCAUCAUCUUUCUUGACGAC